AUUUUAUUUAUUUAAAUAGAUAUUUUUAGUAUAUAUGUUAAAUGGUUUCAAUCAAUCAAAACUUUAAACUAUAUAGUAAUAACCAACCAUCAAUGUUGAAUAACCAACAGCCACUACAACAACAACAAAUUAAUUAUCAACAACAACAGCAACAACAAUAUUAUUAUAAUCAACAACCACCACAUACUUAUAACAGCGAAAAUCAGGAAAAUUGCCCACCUAAUAUUCCAUCAACAUCGAUUCAUAUUACAAAAUCAAUGGUAAUUAGACCAAACUCUGAACAACCACAACUACAACAACAGUCACCACAAAUUACAGCAACAACAAGUUUAACAACAACUACAAUCAUGCAACAACCAAUUCAGCAACAACAACAACAAGCUCAACCACAACAAACUCAACCACAGCCACAACAAAAAUCUAAUGAACCACAAGAGCCAAUUGUUGUUUAUGAAAGUGUUAAAGUUGGUGAUACCAAAAGAUUAAAAGAAUACAGACAAGGAGAGUUUUUAGGAAAGGGCGGUUUUGCAAAAUGUUAUUUAAUGACAGAUGUUGAAACCAAUAGAGUUUAUGCCGCUAAAAUUAUAUCAAAAUCAAACCUCCAAAAAACAAGAGCUAGAACAAAGUUGAAGAGCGAAAUUAAAAUUCACAGUUCUUUAUCACACGAGAAUAUUGUAAAGUUUGAACACUGUUUCGAAAAUGAAGAAAAUGUUUAUAUUUUAUUAGAGUUAUGCAAUCAAAAGACUGUAAUGGAUAUUCAUAAAAAGAGAAAAUAUUUAAUGGAGCACGAAACUAAAUACUUUUUAUAUCAAGUUAUAAUGGCAGUAAAAUAUCUUCAUUCACAAAAAAUUAUUCACAGAGAUUUAAAGCUUGGUAAUUUAUUUAUUGACAAUAUGAGAAUUAAAUUAGGGGAUUUUGGUUUAUCAACAAAAGUAGAACAUGGCGAAAGAAAAAAAACAAUCUGUGGUACACCAAAUUAUAUUGCACCAGAAAUUUUAGAUAAUUCAAAUGGCCAUUCAUAUGAAGUCGAUGUUUGGUCAAUUGGUAUUAUUUUAUAUACAUUAUUAAUUGGUAAACCUCCAUUUGAAACUUCUGAUGUUAAACAUACAUAUCAAAGAAUCAAACAAAACCAAUAUUCAUUCCCAGAUGAACCAAUAAUUUCAAGAUCUGCAAAAAAUUUAAUUAUUUCAAUUUUAAAUCCUGUACCAGAAAAAAGACCAAAUUUAACCCAAAUUUUAGAGAAUGACUUUUUUACAUACUCUACUAUUCCAAAGAGUUUACCACCAUCAGCAUUAACUACUCCACCAACAAACAUUAAUUAUCAACGUCCACUAGCCGAAAAAACCAAUAUUAUGAACCAAAUGUUGCCUCCAGCUUCACCAAGUAAAUACGCUCAAUCACCAAAGAAACAACAAAUUACCACUACUACUACAACCACCACAACAACAACUAUUGCUCCACAACAGCAACAACAAUCACAACAACCACAACAAAAAUAUAACAAUAACCAAUUAAUUUCAAAUCUUUCACCAAACUCUCAACAAAAAUUAUCUGAAGUUGAAAAUGACGAUUUCCAUUAUAGAAAAUUAAGAAGAUUAGAAAAAAUGAAAGAAAACGAUUAUAAAACUCAAUUACUUAAACAACAAUACACAACCAUUAAUGAAAAUAUACCUCCACAACAACAACAACAAUAUCAACAACAGCAACAAUACCAACAACAAUAUAUCCAACAGCAACAACAACAAUACCAACAACAACAGUAUCAACAACAAACAAUUGGCAACGAAUCUAGCAAUACUGUUAAUACUCAAAUUAAAGAAUUAGAAACUAAAAUUGCAAACAAUCAUAUUUCAGAAGCACCACAACAAAAACUUGAUCCAAAUCAUUGUUUUACAGGUCUUCCAAGUAAUUUAGUAUACAUUUCACAAUUUGCAGAUUUUACCAAUAGAUACGGUUUAGCUUAUUUAUUAUCAAACAACUAUGUUGGUGCUUAUUUUAAUGACUCUACUAAAAUUAUAAAUUUAAUUGAUAGCGAAAUUGCUCAUUAUAUGGAACAUGCCAAGGGCUCAGAAGGUGAUGGCAGAAGAAUUUUAAAUAUUAAUUUGCAACACCCACACGAUACACAAAAGAAGGUGACUUUAAUUAAAUGUUUUACCAAUCAUUUUAUUCAAUCUGAAUUAACCUCAAAUUUAAUACCAAAUAAAAACGAAACUGAUAGCAGUAACAAUACAAACAGCAAUAACGUAGAUACAGAUGAAAGUCCAAUUUAUUUAAAGAAAUGGGUCAAAUUUGAAGGUGGUAUCGCUUUUAGAUUAAGUGAUAAAACCAUCCAAGUUAUUUACUCUGAUAAAUCUAGAAUUAUUGUUUCAAAUAAACCAAAAGAACAAACCAUAUCCUAUAUCCCACACAGAGGUCAAAUUUUAACAGUUAAACAAGCUUACUUGAAACAUUAUUUAGAUAGAAAAACUUAUGAAAAAAUUAAAUUUAUUCAAACAAAUUUAGUCUAUACACUUUACAAUAAAAAACCAGAAAAUAUGUACUCUUCACCUUUAAAACAAUAA